AUGUCAAAACCUUUACAGGUGACUGUUGAUGAUGAGAAAGAGAAAGAAAAACCCCCACUUGAACGGAAGAAGAGUAAGCCACAACCAGUGGGAACCAUUCCAUAUGAAGUUACUCCAAGUGAUACCCUGGUGGGCAUAGCAGCCAAAUUUGACACUACGCCAUCAAACCUGCUGCAGAUAAAUCGUAUGUCGUGCCGUAUCAUAUGUCCUGGACAGGUGCUGUAUGUUCCUGGCCCUGACUACAAUGCUGUCCACAACAAUUCAGAACCUUCUAGCCCAAUCACAAACACAAUUUGUGAAGAAGACACACCAAAGGAUGUUUCUGCCCCAGACAAAGCAUCUUCCAAGGUGCCUGGUCAUGCCGAACGUCUCUCUUCUGUGACAUCCCCUAAAGAGGUAGUAGAAAUUACAGACCCACCACGGCGAAUAACAGAAGAAGAAGCUCGUAAGCUUGAUGAAGAAUGUGUCAGUAGAUUCCUGAAGUUUGAUGCUAAACACAUCACAGAUGGUCAGGGAGUUGUGAAUGGGACACUGAUUGUGACUCCAAAUGCAAUCAUGUUCGAUCCCAGUGUCCACGACCCUCUGGUAAUAGAACACGGCAGUGAGAAGUACGGUAUGGUGGCUGCCAUGGAAACAAUAAUCAGUGCUGCUAUUUACAGAGACCUGAAAACAAUGAAAAUAAAAGGACAAGCGAAUGAGUCUGACAAUACAGAAAUUGCAAAAGCUGAGGUUUAUUGUGGCAAAGGUAUUUUCAAGUUUGCCACAAGCAAACAAAGUGAUGAGCCAGAAUACAUGGAUACCACAAAGAAAUUAGCCCAGGUGAUGCAGGCAGUACAGUCAAGUCAAAAUGAAGAAUCAGGCAAUGCCUUUGUCUUCAAUGAACCUGGUGAAAAUCUUCAAAACUCGCAGACUGGGGACCAAGUUCCAGAGGCAGAAAAUGCUAGCAAAAGCCAAGUAACCUCAGGAAGUUCUCUCGAAAAUAAAGUUGAACAGUUGUCAAUGACAGACAUUAGUGAGCAUGCAGACAAUAAAGGCAAAACUGAAUUGACAGAGCAGACUAAAGAUAAUGUGCCGAAGGUGGAGCCAAGUGGUGUACCCAUUGAAAGAACAUCUAAAAGAGAAUCCAUGAAGAAAGCUAAAGAAAGCGAGACUCCGGCAAAUGAGCCAUUGACUACUGAUCAAGGAAAAGUUGCUGCAAAAGGAGACAGCGACCAAUGUUCUAAUAGUAUCCAACAAGGUAAUAAUGAUGUUUCUCAAGGAAGCAAUACACAAUCCAUCUACUCGGGGCUCUUUCGUCAGAAAUUUUCCCACAUUACAGCAUCCUGGAUGCAAAUGUUCUAUGGAACGGAUGGUAAUACAGCUCCUGCUGUGGAUAGUGAGGGAGAACCAGUGUCUGACCCCAAUGCCAGUCAGCCCAAAGUGUCACCCAAAGACACAACAAUGACAUCUUCCAUGAUAGAUGGCUCCCCUAAACUAAAGGCAAUCUACAACUAUGCUGCUGGCUUCUUUCAUAGUUCUGGUUCAGCAGAAAAGACAACGACUGGGACGCCUGAAUGGCCCUCUCCAUCUGCCGUUAUUGCAUCAGAACAGACUGGUGAGAGGGCUCCCACAAGCCCAACCAGUCCCCGAGCUCCAGGAGUUGAAUAUACAACCAAGAGGGGAACCAGGGUUAGAGUGGUGUCAGCUGUGACUAUGGAGGAUAAACCAAAUCUUUUCAAUCCUGUAGCCAACUUGAAAGCCUCCUCUCCGACAAUUCGGUAUGAAGAACCUCCCUUGUUCCUCUGCCUUAAGGUUGGAAAGCCUAAAAACACAAAGGUCACAUAUGAAGCCCCAUUCAGCACAUAUGGAAAAGCCAAGAAACCAGAAUACUGGUUCACAGUUUCGCAAGAAAAAGCCGACAACUUUUAUGCAUUCCUUCUCCAUUGGAAGCCAGAGAUUUAUGGUGAUGAUGAAGAGACUGAGGCUCGAAAGAUGGGCUUCGUCAUUUUUGAUGCAAGCAAUAAUCAAUCUGAAGAAGAUCUGGAUAUUUUGGACGAAUAUUUUGGCCACCGGGAAAGCAUCUCAAAAGACUGGGAGGGUCAGAUGUAUAAUUUUAUUGUCACAAGUGAUGAAGCCUAUCGCAGGAAGUCACUUGAGAUAGAAGAUACUCCGUAUCUUCCAGAAUUGGUCGGAGAAACCCAUAUUUUAACCGAAGAACAGAUAACCACGUUAGUGGAGCAUCUUCCUGGCCGUACUGUUGGAUACUCAUGGGUGCUUAUCUACAGUACAGAUUUGCAUGGAUUCAGUCUGAAAACGCUAUAUCGCGAUAUGGCCAACUAUGACAGUCCCGUGUUAUUAGUUGUUCGUAGCACUCGUAGUCAGGUUUUUGGUGCCCUAAUCUCAUGCCCUCUAAAAGUAAGUGACCACUUCUAUGGGACUGGUGAAUCAUUCCUGUACACUUUUUACCCUACAUUCCGGCUUUUCCGAUGGACGGGUGAAAACAAUUUCUUUGUAAAAGGCAAUCAAGAGAGCUUAGCAAUUGGUGCUGGCAAGGGUUUUUUUGGUCUCUGGUUCGAUGGUGACUUGUAUCAUGGCCGCAGCCAUCCUUGCGAUACCUUUGGAAAUGACGUCCUGCCUGGGGAUUUGUAUAAAAUACAUCUACAAUUAAUUUUGGACUGA